AUGGCUGCGAUGGGUAGUGGACGGGGAACGAUGAAUUCCCAAAAUCAAGUGCAAAGUGAUACUGUAGAUCGUUUAAAAUUGUUAUAUCCAAAUGUAAAUGAAGAUGAAACACCUUUACCUAGAGCAUGGAGUACUAAAGACAAAUUCAGCUACAUCGGUUUAUCGCAAAAUAAUCUCCGAGUCCAUUAUAAAGGACAUGGGAAAACACACAAAGACGCCGCGAGCGUGCGGGCGACGCACCCGAUACCUGCGUCGUGCGGCCUAUAUUACUUCGAAGUGCGCAUUGUCUCCAAAGGUCGUGACGGUUACAUGGGCAUCGGGCUGUCAGCACACGGCGUCAAUAUGAACCGCCUACCUGGUUGGGAUAAACACUCAUAUGGGUAUCAUGGCGACGACGGUCAUUCGUUCUGUUCGUCCGGCACCGGUCAGCCGUACGGGCCCACCUUCACCACCGGCGAUGUGAUAGGAUGCGGCGUCAACCUCGUAGACAACACCUGCUUCUACACUAAGAACGGUCACCAUCUAGGCAUCGCGUUCAGGGGAUUGCCGCCCAAUCUAUACCCGACGGUGGGCCUGCAGACGCCGGGAGAGGUGGUGGACGCUAAUUUCGGUCAGCAGCCGUUCGUGUUCGACAUAGAGGACAUGCUGCGGGAGUUGCGCGCCCGCACCAGGCUAGCCAUCGACGAGUUCCCGCUGCCCGACCAGGGCCAGUGGCAGCAAGUGUUGCACAGGAUGGUGUCCACGUACCUGGUGCACCAUGGCUACUGCAGCACGGCGCAGGCGUUCUCGCGCGCCACCUCGCAGCCCAUACACGAGGACAUCGCCUCCAUAAAGAACAGACAACGCGUGUCCAAGCUGGUACUGUCGGGGCGCAUCGGCGAGGCCAUCGAGGCGACGCGGCGCCUGUACCCCGGCCUGCUGGAGCGCGACGCCGACCUGCUGUUCCUGCUCAAGUGCCGACAGUUCGUCGAGAUGGUCAACGGGUCCGACGCCGAGGCGGGGGCGGGGGCGGGGGCGGGCGCGGACAAGGCGGGCAGCAACGGCGUCGCCACCUCCGUCAUAUCGCACACCAGCCGGGCAGACGUCAACGGAGUGAGCGGCGCGGGCGAGUCGGCCGACGUGGACAUGGCGCCCGCCGCCGCCAACGGGGACCAUGAAGUGUGCGUGUGUGACGUCACAGACGCGGACGGCUGCGGCGCGCGCGCGUCCGUCGAGCGGAUGCUCGCCUUCGGCCGCGAACUGUACGCGAUGAGUCAGAAAUUGCAACAGGAUCUUUAUCAUAAAUCAAUGUUAGAGAAUGCGUUUAGUUUACUGGCGUAUAGUAAUCCCUGGGACAGUCCUGUCGGCUGGCAGCUGGAGCCCGUCAGACGCGAGUACGUCUCCGAAGCGCUCAACUCGGCAAUACUCGAGGCGCAGGGCAUGCAGUGGCGGUCGCCGGUGGAGCAGUGCGCGGCGCACUCGCGCGCGCUGCUGCAGCGCAUGGCGGCCGCGGGGCUGGGCGCCUGCGCCUUCGCCGACCUCGCCGCGCUGCUGCGCCGCUGA